GAGAUCAAAGCGGAGCAUCAAGAGGGCCGGUGACAGGAGGGAGGGAGGAAGGGCUUCACCCAGCAUCUCGGGAAAAACAAUGGCAAGUAAGACCAUGGCAGCAGCAGCAGCAGCUCCUGCUUUCCUGUGCAGAGAUUAGCCAAUAGGACUUCAGAAGAGCAAGGGAAGAAAAUGCAAGGAAAGAGCUUUCCCAUCAGGCUUCUUGACUGAAGAGGCAAGGAAAUGCACUUUGCAGCAGAAAAGUAAGAACUUGGUUGUUCAAGACGUCAACCAAGGAGAAGACAACCAAAAGCUCUGGCCCAAAAUGAAUUAUAGCACAUCCACUGCGAACACUUUGUACCACAGUGGCACUCGCACUUCCGAGCCAGACCAUGGGAUGACUGUGGACGGGGCUGGAUCAGAAACUGCUACGCUGACCCCUGAAACCAGCAGCUUUAACAGCACCAAAAUUCCAGAUGUGGCUGGCAAUGGUUCUGGCAUGGGGACCAUGCUGCUGUCCUUCGGCAUCAUCACUGUGAUUGGGUUGGCUGUUGCUAUGGUUUUAUAUAUCAGGAAGAGAAAACGACUAGAGAAGUUGCGACAUCAGCUCAUGCCCAUGUACAACUUUGAUCCUGCUGAAGAACAGGAUGAGCUGGAACAAGAGCUGUUGGAGCAUGGCAGAGAUGCUGCUUCUUUGCAGGCUUCACAGAAUAAGACAAAUCAAGGGGUGCUCCAGAGACCUAGUCGCCUUGUGUUCACAGAUGUUGCAAACGCCAUCAAUGCAUGAGCAGUGCUUCCUCAGUCCAAGAGGCAGGAGGGUGACACCAGCCAGCUAGCAACUUGCCACGGACAGGGACCAUUGAUUCCAGCUGGGGUAGAAGGUGCCAGGAACCAAUGUGAAGCCUGUCGGGAAUCUGUUGCCAUCAAGAAGCUACUUCACUCAGAGCUUGAUUGGUAAUGUCAAUACCGAGCUGUGUGUGCUGCAAAGUGCAAGGUUAUUUGAGAUAAAUUGAUAAGAACAUGCAUUGUGACAGGCUAGAGUUAGGAACGAGAGCAUCAGUUUCUAAGGCCUUCCUCCAUUGGGUUGUUGUCAGCGUAUCCUAACAUCAGAAUCUUGCAGGUUAACCCAAUCCACUCCAUGCAAUAGACUCCCAUUCUCAGAUAUGUGGGUGCAUCUUUCUGGCACUGGAAGCCUGGGCAGUUGUCUCUGUUAUCUGGACUCAAGCCUAUAUUAUGAUGUGCACCUGGUUGUCCCAUCUCAUGUUUCAUGCGCAUAAGAGGCUGACCUUAAGCAUGAGCACAAGGUCCAGAAUUUUCCUUGCGACCUUCUAUUAGAUUUCUCCAGCCCAGGUACUCUAGCUAGCUCACCUUGAGGACCAUUUGCAAGCUGAUGCUGUAGGGUGUGGCUUCUAGAAGCUGGGGACUCUCCCAUAUCAGAAGGGCUACCUCUCAUGAGCACUUAACUAAAGGGAGAGUCUUAGAAGUAGGAGCAGCAAUAUGUAACUCAUGGAUUUUGAGAUGAUUUAUCCCAUCCUACUUCAGCCAAAGACAGUAAGCCUUAGCUGAAGACCUUUGUGUGCACAUGCAUAUUCUUGCAUAUACUUAAUCAGAUAUGGGUUCAUGUCCACACAGAACUGUUAAAAGCCUGAUCUGUGUCUGCCACAGGAUCUGCAUUCAAGGUUCUUUUUGCAUUCUUUUGAAAAUAUUCAAGAACAUUACAAGAAAAGCAAAAGGCGCAGGACAGUUUUGUACAUUAGGUUCUUGUUCUGACCUGGCUCUGUGUUCCAUGCUGAAGAUAUUCCAAAUUUUCUGAUAGUUACUAAAUCGAAUAAAUCCUACAAUGCAGGCAAACCUCAGUACAUGUAAGUUAACACAGUUUUAUUUUACACUCCUGGUAGAGUGGGGAGGAGAAUGUUGUUAUUUAUUUAUAUAUAUUAAGAU